UGUCAACAUUCAACAAAUUUCCACAAUAAAAAAGGGCCGUGCUGUGCUGUGCUGUGUUGUGUGAAAUUUUUCUGUUGAUUCCUAAACUAACGGUGCUUUUGUUCUUAUAUUGUAAGCUAUUUAUUUACGAUUUGUUUCAUAUUUAAAUUAAGGCUGAAGAGUGCAAAGUAAUAACGUGACGACACCAAUUGGUUUUCCUCUCAAGACGGUAAAACCCCACAGUGAGUCAUAAGGAUAGCUUGUGAUUACAGCUUUAUGUCGAGCUUAUAUUAUGUUUGAAUCGCAUCGCGAUGAAGAUGAACUGAGGCACUAUAGUUCAAUGACUGACGAUUACGAAGACGUGCGUUACCAGAAAAAUCAUUUUCAACACAACAGCUUCAUGGGUCUGAGUUUUGGAGUGACUGUAUUUUUUGUUAUUGUGGGAGGUCUCAUAUUUUUGGGGAUACUGCUAUGCCUCUGUCGCUGCCAAAGAAGGAGACGUCAACAGGGUGGACAAAUCUUAUCACCGCCUACGCAGCCUGCGCUGAACACAAGCGCCCCUUAUCCUCAGCAGAUGUACACUCAACCGAUAUACAAUGCACCACCGCCUGUGCCGCCUGCACCAAAUAAUACGUAUCCGGCAGCAGCAUAUCCGAGUUACCCCAACACCGGGGGCUCGCCAUAUCCCACGAAUACUCCGUACCCAGUCGCGUCACAGUACCAGGCAUCGGCGGCACCUUACCCGGGUGCUGCGUCCUACCCGGCUACAGGGGCCCCGUAUCCGGCUGGGGCCCCGUAUCCGGCUGGGGCCCCGUAUCCGACUGGGGCCCCGUAUCCGGCAGCUGGGGCACCGUAUCCAACCGCGGCCCCCUAUCCGACUGGGGCCCCGGGCGGAGCGUAUUCGGCGCCGUUCCCGCAACCGACGGCACCCAGCGCCCCUGAAGCUAGCGCGAUGCCACCGAGUUACGACCAGGCUGUGAAUAUGAACAAGUCACAUUAGUCCACGACGUGCUACGAAUCUAA